AUGGGUAACUCGGUUUCGCGGGGGUUUGGGAAGCUUUUUGGUUCUCGGGAGAUGAAGAUCCUGAUGCUGGGAUUGGACAAUGCUGGUAAGACCACAAUUCUGUAUAAGUUGAAAUUGAACAAAAUAAAGACGUCAGCUCCGACUGUUGGGUUCAAUGUGGAGACAGUUGCUCGUAAAAAUGUGAAGUUUAAUAUGUGGGAUGUCGGAGGUCAGGAGCGAUUGAGGCCUCUGUGGAGGCACUAUUUCCCAGCGACAACGGCGCUUAUAUUUGUGAUAGAUUCGCAUGAUAAGGAUAGAUUGAACGAGGCAAAAGAGGAGUUAUACAGUAUCAUAAGCGAGAAGGAGAUGGGAGAUGUUGUUCUUCUGGUGUGGGCUAAUAAGCAGGAUUUGAAAAACGCUUUGACGCCGCAGGAGAUUUCCGAGUUUCUGCAACUGGGGGAGAACUUGAAGAACCAGCUGUGGUGUGUGAUUGGAAGCAAUGCGCUGACCGGGCAAGGCCUGGUGGAGGGUCUGUCUUGGAUCUCCAACAACACGCCGAAGAAGUGA